AAACUCCACGAUAACACCUCUGGGUCCCUCGAAACCACGUACGGGACAAUGAAUCACAAGCCAGACUCCUUUCCAUGCCACCUUGAGCACUCUAGUAGUUCAGGUCUUUCGGGGGACACCCUGUAUGUAUGGUCCUGAAUAUGAUCUCUUGUUGCGGAAGCUAAUAGUUCAAGCAGACUUAAUGGAGAAAAACAGUGUGGCAUAAAUGGCGAUGGGGCCGGAAACAACCACGCAAAUAACACCUUUGAAAGCAACAAUCACAACAACAAUCACGACUACAGUUACAAAGUAUCUGGCAAUACUUAUCACUUCAACUUUUCCACACAGCCGCUACCCACAAUACAUGAAAUUUCACGAACCCUCUCCGAAUCACUCAAAAUUAGCCAAGUUGGGUACCAAGCUAAGAGGGGGCGGGGAGGGAUGCCAGCCUUGCAUUACGCUGCUGAUAUAGGAGACGAAACUGAGGUGGAGCGUAUACUCAAGAGCUGGAGUGUUGAAAGCAUAGCAAGCAAACGUAUGCGGAACCUCUGCGAGAAGGAUAAGCCACACGGGAUGACCCCCUUGCAUUAUGCGGCAAAACGUGGAAACGAGACAAUUACUCGAUUGAUACUAUCAUAUCAUGCGGAGAGAGCACGUUCCGAAUUUAAUUCCAGACGUAGGCAAAAGGGAAAGCAGCCACCAAAGAAUGUUCCCGGGGCCACACCUCCGAUCAAACCUGAGGAUGCAGUCAAGUCAUUCCUCGCGAGCAAGAGCAAGGAGCAUGGAAUGGAUGCUCUUCAUUUUGCGGCUGCAGGCGGGCACGAUAACGUAGCAAAGGCCUUGCUUGGAGAAGGAGCCGACAUUAUGGCCAAGUGCAGUUGGGAUGGCAUGAACUCUAUGCACUACGCGGCCCUGUUCGGGCAUGUCAACAUACUUUCUCUACUCAAGUCCUACCUCGACAGCCAAGAAGAUACCACAGAUAAGCCUGAUUCUCGAAAGAGGAAAGAAGAUAAAAAUAAGGACCCGCACAAACCACCCAUAGGCAAAAACCCCCCCUUGCCGCCGCAUGAAGAAGAUGCAGCAAAUAGCAUGCCCGACGCUCAGCAAAUGGACUGGACUAUUGUUCAAUCGAAAAAGGCCCGCAAAAGGCGUCACUUGAAACCUAACCGCGAGGACAAUCCCGAACAGAAAGCUGUCUUGAAAGAUAUGCUAGAAACCAAGAGCAAGAAGUCCGGCAUGACGCCAUUGCAUUUUGCAGCCAGCAGCGGGAGAAAUGCUGCUGUGAGGUUUCUCAUCGAAUGUGGGGCCAGUGUAGAGGCCAAGUGCAACUGGAAUAAGCGGGCACCUAUCCAUUACGCGGCGAAUUACGGGCAUUCUACCACUGCAAAGCUACUAUAUGACCAUAAUGCCGAUAUCAACGUUGUUUGUGGAAGGGAAGGAAUGGCGCCUCUACAUCAUGCCGCCCGAAUGGGGCACGAAGUUGUGGUGAAAUUCCUUUGCGAAAAUGGCGCGGAUUUCUCAUUCGGAUGUCGAUGGUGGAAUAUGACCCCGCUCCAUUAUGCCGCUAAGCACGGGCAUGAGGUAGUAGUGAGGAUGUUAGUACUUUAUCACCAUCCCAGCACGCCAUUCAGAGAUGGCCACGAACGAACGGCUUCCCAGUACGCUGAAUAUAACGGGAACGAGAGCAUGAGGCACUUUCUCAACCACUAUUAUAAGGGGUAGUGGGAAUCCAAGGGCAAACUCGAAACUCCGAGCCGCCUCUCGAGGACCUAUCGCUACUCUGCCGCCGCCACCACCUCCACCAGUGACAUGGCCAGGGUGCUUGGCUUUCAUUUAUCGUGUGUUCAUCCCGAUACCCCCAGGAGUUGUUCGGCCGAAGGAAGGAGGAAGCGGGGGUUACCCGAGUCUCGAAGCAAGUGUAACCAACACGGGCAAAAAUUCACAGACGAUAUACAGAAGCGCAAUGAGCGACCACAGCGACCUACUAUACCAAAUCCCACUGAUUUGGCCAUUGCGCUGCACCCGCUGCCGCCCCAAGACCUCCCUCGAACAAACCUUGCCCAGGCAAUUCUCAACACGUCAACACUCCGGGGUCUCAUUGAAACCCAACACCUGGAACUCCCGCUUCCAGCAGCGAAAUUAUUGGCAGAGCCUUUUAAAAAUCAGACUGGAAGGCACUGAGUAGGCGGUAUACUCAGACGCGAUACUUCCCUCCCCGCCAAGUGAAUAUCCAGCCAAUUCGCCCAGUUACCCGUCAUUUCACUUUUCCUUCUAUCGAUACUCUACAGGCCGAUAUAGAUUACCAUAAACCACUUUUGUCAUGCAUAGCGGAUACCCUUCCUUUUCUUUGACUUUUCCUCUGGAGCGGGGGUACCUGUGAUACAUAGAGUAUAAGUUGGUACAGUACACGGAAGGAGGUAGAAUUAUUAUUUUUUCAUCAUUCUGGCGCACUGCAUAUACGGUCUGAUAGUUUUUUUCCACCACCAUUCCCUAUUGGUAAUUUAUUCUUAACUUGUGGUUCGCUGCACAUCACCUUCCCUCCUUCGAAAAAUAAUAACACCCCCCAGACGCUAUUCAGCGCAACGUUAAAACCUGACUCUUGUCGAAAGCGGGAAACGCU